UGUCUCUGUCCUCAGAUCUGCUUCACAGGCGGAAAUCUCAACCCCCCCACAAUGUCCAACUUAAAGUUACGCCCUUGGAUCUGAGGAUCCGCUUAUUUCUUUUUAUCAGACUUUAACCCAUCAGAGUCCUCGGUAGACUUCCACAACCAUCCAACAGACUUUGACCCAUCAGAGUCCUCGGUAGACUUCCACAACGAUCCAACAGCUCCAGGAUGAUUCACGUUUCCAACAGACGGUCCCUUCACUAUCAGCAUGGUGCCUUCACUGACCUGGUGUUCUACACUGUUGUCUUCCUCGCCCUGAUGAACUCAUGUAGAGCUCAGUCUGAGGUGAUCGUUCCAUCUCAGCCAGUAGUUUCAUUGGUGGGUGAAGACGUUAUUCUGCCAUGUCACCUGGACCCCGUCAUGAAUGCUUUUGACAUCACUGUGGAGUGGGCGAGACCUGACCUGAACCCCAGAUUUGUCCACUUGUGGCGUCAAGGCGAAGAACUGGAGACUAUAAAACAUCCGUCCUUCAGUGGAAGAACAUCAGUGUUCAUCGAUGAGCUGGAGAAGGGAAACAUCUCACUGAAACUCUCCAAAGUUAAAGUCUCUGAUGAGGGAGGAUACAAAUGCUUCAUGCCUGCAUUGUCAAAAAUGUCCACUGUUCAGCUUGUUGUAGGUUCUGUCUCCUCACCUGUUGUUCAGAUGACCAAAAACAACACUGGAGUGUUGUUAGAGUGUGAGUCUGCAGACUGGUAUCCAGAGCCAGAGAUGUUUUGGCUGGACGGCGAGGGAAACCUCCUCUCUGCUGAACCCACUGAGACAGUCAGAGGUCCUGAUGGUCUCUACACUGUCAGCAGCAGAGUGACUGUGGAGAAGAGACAUGGGAGGAAGUUCACCUGUAGAGUCACACAGAGGAAGAUCAACCAGACCAGAGAGAAGCACCUCACUAUUCCAGAUCAUUUCUUUGUGGUCGCUACUCCCAGUCCUCCCAGUCCUCCUGGCACUCAGCAUGUUGUUAUCGGCGCUGUGAUUGGCUGUGCUGCUUUGCUGUUCAUUCCUGUGAUCAUCUUUGUUGUGUGGAGACGGAGACAAAAGAAAUUCAAAAACAAGAAGAGGAGAUGUGAGGAUGGAAGUGAACACUCUGAGAAAGAAAAGCUAGUCACAUCUAAAAGUGAUAAAACAGGAUUUCAGGUUGUGAAUGAAAAAGAAGAAAACCUUCCACUCAUUUCAGUUAAAGACGAGAACAAUCCUGACAAAACAGGAGAAAAGAGUGAGACUGAAGAUGAGGGACAAAGACGAGAAACAAAUGACGGAGAUAAGAGUGAACAGGAGACAGUGAAACCAGUUAGAGACGAUUCAGGACAUUCAAUGGUACAAAUAAAACACAUCAACACUGAUCAGAAGAUGGAGAGGGAAGAGACACAGCAAGAGGCAGUGAGAGAUGAAAACGAGAAAGAGACAAAGGAAGCUAAAGGAAUCACAGAGGAGAUCAAAGUAGAGGGGACAGACAGAGAGGAACAUGAGUCUGUAACUGAUAAAGAAGCUGACACAUAUGAAACCCAAAAGAAGCACAAGAAGAUAACAUCAGAAUCCAAAGGAGGAGAACAGCAGCUGAUGCUGCAACAUUCAGACAUGAAUAAAGAAAUGAGAGAGAGAGGAGUGGAGGGUCAGGAGGACCUGCAGCAGGAGGAGGACAUGGAGACUGAUCUACCUCAACCAAAUGUCAUACAAAGUAUUGAACCACUAAAUACACAAGAGGAAGGUCUCCAUAUGGAUCAGCAACAAAGAGACGAAAUAAGGAGGAAUUCAGAAGAAGACAGAAUGCAGAUAGAGGCUAAUUCUGAAAUGCUAACACAGGGUCAUGAAGAGCAAAAUAUGAAUUUAAUAAAGGAACAACAGCAGCAGGAGGAGGACAUGGAGACUGAUCAAACUCAACCAAAUGUCAUACAAAGUAUUGAACCACUAAAUACACAAGAGGAAGGUCUCCAUAUGGAUCAGCAACAAAGAGACGAAAUAAGGAGGAAUUCAGAAGAAGACAGAAUGCAGAUAGAGGCUAAUUCUGAAAUGCUAACACAGGGUCAUGAAGAGCAAAAUAUGAAUUUAAUAAAGGAACAACAGCAGCAGGAGGAGGACAUGGAGACUGAUCAAACUCAACCAAAUGUCAUACAAAGUAUUGAACCACUAAAUACACAAGAGGAAGGUCUCCAUAUGGAUCAGCAACAAAGAGACGAAAUAAGGAGGAAUUCAGAAGAAGACAGAAUGCAGAUAGAGGCUAAUUCUGAAAUGCUAACACAGAGUCAUGAAGAGCAAAAUAUGAAUUUAAUAAAGGAACAACAGCAGCAGGAGGAGGACAUGGAGACUGAUCUACCUCAACCAAAUAGCAUACGUGUUGAACCAUUAAAUACAACAUUUCAUUAUGAAUCAGCUGCAGAGGGACAGAGUAAGGAGGCUUUUGGUAGAGGACAGAAAGAGGUGCAGACCCAAAACAUAAACACUGAUCAGAAGAUGGAGGAGACAACAACUGAGAUAGACCAAAGAAAGAGAAAAAGGUUAGAAGAGGAGGACAGUAAAAGCAGAAAGAGAAGGUAUGAAACUGAAGUCAGAUCGAGAGACGUUGGAGAUAUGCUUCAGUCAGAGACAAAGAAAGGAGACUCAGCAGUCAUUCAUUAAUUAAUGAACGACAAACACUGAAAGAGCCAGGUAUGAUGAGCCCAGUAACAAAUACCUGAGUGAGUGGUAAAUAUUAGCACUAGACAACACUAGAGCAGAACUUGUUAGGUGUGGACUGGUCUCUCUCUCUCUGGUCUCCCUCCUCCCUCUGCCUGCUGCACAUCUGAUAGCAGUUUUCACUCAAGUAUGAGGAGGAGUGGCAGAGUGCAGAGGGCUCUCUAACAGACACACACUCCCUCUGGGCAAUAGACAGAGAGGUAUCUUUUCCCCUACCCAGGCAUGUCCAGAUUGCUGUUUUUUAUUUUUUUUUAGUCGAACCUUCGAUUCCUUUAGUUUAGUUCUGUUUUCCUUUGUUUUUAGGAGGUGGUGCUGAGAGCGACGGCCCAUCACGUAGCUGGCUCUGCACUUUCUCAUAUUUUGUUAUUUUUUUGCCGGGGUCUCCAGCCCCUUUUGUUUUGUUAGUUUUAUUAUUUAUCUUUGAUUAUGUCUUGGGGGGUUAU